AUGGAAUUCGAAGAAAUCUUUUGUCGACGUAUAUGUGUGGUAAAUCGACCAGAGGCGCUUGCCCUCACUCAUUUGACCAAUGCACUUGCAUUACCAGCAUCCAAGGAAGCAGCAGUCCGGAUACUUCACCAGUUUCCAAGUGGUCCUAUUGCCGAAAAUAUCGCCGUACGAUCGAAUGGAAGAAUCAUCGUGAAUAUGGUCGCGCCAGCAGCCCAAAUGUAUCAAAUUGAUCCCCAAAAGCCCGAAAAAGCAGCCCUCGUUGCCGAAUUUCCUGGCUCAACAGGCGUACUUGGAAUAGCGGAAAUCGAACAAGAUAUCUUCUUUGUUUCUGUUGGAGUCUUGCUGUAGCCUCACCACUACCAGGAUCCUAUUCUAUCUGGAAAGUCGACUUUCGGUCUCUUGAGUCUUCUGAAGGCAAUGUAACCGAAAAAGCAAUCACGACAAAAAUUACUUCUAUGCCAGAGGCUGUUCCCAAUAAUGGAGUUACUGCCGUGGCACCUAAUAGUCCAUAUGUUCUCGUUGCAGAUUCGGGACUUGGACGAGUUUGGAGGGUUGAUACUCGUACUGGGGAGUACAAAUCUAUCAUCGAGGAUCUGCUCAUGUUGCCGCAACCAGGAAAUCCAUUUGCUAUCGGUGUCAACGGGCUUCACAUUCUCGGAAGUACGCUCUACUUCACCAACACAUUCUUAGACGGAGGCUUUGUUGCAAAGGUCGGCAUCAAAAUAUCAGGUCCAAAUGCAGGAGUUGCGACUGGAAAAGCUGAAAUCAUUUCAAAGAAUGGUAGCAAUGACGACUUCACGCUGGAUAAAGAGGGUGUCGUUUACUCCGCAACUAGCUCCCGCAAUUCAGUAGAGCGUAUAGACCUGAAUGGGACCGUGACCACAAUCGCUGGAGGUCAGAAUGAGACGAUCCUGGAAAGUGAUAGCGCAGUGGCUUUUGGGAGAGGGGAGACUGAUAAGAAGGUGCUAUAUGCUACAACGUAUGUUAAUAUUUCCUGUUUCCCAUACAUGAAAACGCUGUCUUUCCAAUAUUAAAUCUCUCCUUAUUUGGUAAAGAAGAAACAUGCUAAUUCAUUGCAGCGGUGGUAAUGUGAUACCAGCAAAGGUUGUGUUGGUAGAUCUCGAAGCGCUCUAA